GUUAAGUGUAGUGGCGGUGGCUGGCUGUGUGUGUGAAUGUCUGUUCCCAUGGCGCAGCGGGAGACAGGCAGCACCAGCCCGGUGGUCCGGCAGAUAGACAAACAGUUCCUGGUCUGCAGCAUCUGUCUAGACCACUACCACAACCCUAAAGUCCUGCCCUGCCUGCACACCUUCUGUGAGAAUUGCUUACAGAACUACAUCCCUCCAGAAUCUCUGACGUUGUCGUGUCCUGUGUGUCGACAGACGUCCAUCCUACCAGAGAAAGGAGUAUCCGCUCUACAGAACAACUUCUUCAUCACUAACCUCAUGGAGGUCCUCCAGAGGGAUCCAGAGUGUUCGAGGCUUGAAGCCUGUAGUGUCCUGGAGUCAGUUAAUGCUGCUGCUGCAGGAAAACCCCUCUGCUGCCCUAAACACGAGGGCAAGGUGAUGGAGUUCUACUGCGAGUCAUGUGAGACCGCCAUGUGUCUGGAAUGUACAAAGGGAGAGCACAGAGAGCAUGUGACCGUCCCUCUGAGGGAUGUCCUGGAGCAGCACAAAACCCAACUGAAGACACAGCUAGACGCCAUACGCAAUAGACUGCCCCAGCUAACAGCAGCUAUAGAGCUGGUAGGGGAGAUCUCCAAGCAGCUGACAGACAGGAAGAACGAGGCGGUAACAGAGAUCAGCAGUACCUUCGAGGAGCUGGAGAGGGCGCUACAGCUCAGGAAGACAGCCCUCAUCAAUGACCUGGAGAACAUAUACAGCGCAAAGCAGAAGGUGCUCCAGACCCAGCUCUCCUCUCUCCUCCAGGGGAAGGACCACAUCCAGAGCAGUUGUAGUUUUACUGAACAGGCCCUGAGCCACGGCAGUGCCACAGAGGUACUGAUGGUGCAAAAACAGAUGAGUGAGCGGGUUUCUGCCAUGGCCCGUCAUGACUUCCCUGAACGGCCUCACCAGAACGCACAUCUGGACUGUCAGGUGGAGACAGAGGGCCUGCGUCGCUCCCUCCAGAACCUGGGCGUCCUCAUUACUACGGCAGCUGUAGGCCACACCUCCGUCGCCACCGGAGAAGGACUACGCCACGCAGCAACCGGACAACAUGUCAGCGUCACCGUGACGACCAAAGACAAGGACGGCGAGCUGGUGCGGACAGGGAACGCGGCGCUGAGGGCCACUGUCACACCAGUUGCCGACGGAAGCCGCGUCGUCACGGAACCGGAGGUGACGGACAACAAGAACGGGACAUACGAGGUGGGAUACACGCUACGGUCCGAGGGGGAGUUCUCCUUCGCUCUGUCCCUCUACGGCCAGCCGCUACGGGGCAGUCCCUUCCGGCUGCAGGCGGUUAAGCCCUCGGAUGCGCUGCCGUCUCCGGAUGACGUGAAGAGGAGGCUGAAGAGUCCUGGCGGGACAGCGGGUCAUGUCAGACAGAAGGCUGUGAGGAGACCCUCCAGCAUGUUCAGCAUCAAAAAGAAGGAGAACCCCAUCGAGGAUGAACUCAUCCACAGAGUCGGUACGCGAGGGAGAGAGAAGGGUGAGUUCACCAACCUGCAGGGGAUCUCAGCCUCCAGCAACGGCAGAGUGGUGGUAGCAGACAGUAACAACCAAUGUAUACAGGUGUUCUCCAAUGACGGGCAAUUCAAAAUGAGGUUUGGGGUCAGAGGUCGGUCGCCGGGGCAACUGCAGAGACCCACGGGCGUUACCGUGGAUAUGAACGGUGACAUCAUCGUGGCCGACUACGACAACCGAUGGGUCAGCAUCUUCUCCUCCGAUGGGAAGUUCAAGAAUAAGAUCGGGGCGGGGCGUCUGUUGGGCCCUAAGGGCGUGGCAGUGGACAGGAACGGACACAUCAUCGCCGUGGACAACAAGGCGUGCUGCGUCUUCAUCUUCCAGUCUAACGGGAAGCUGGUCACCAAGUUCGGCGCCAGGGGGACGUCCGAGAGACAGUUUGCAGAAAAAAGUGGUGCCCAUUUAAAUAGAUCUGGCCCGGUGUUCAGUCCACACUUUGUUGCGGUGAACAACAAGAAUGAAAUCAUUGUCACAGAUUUCCACAAUCAUUCUGUGAAGGUGUACAGUGCGGACGGUGAGUUCCUGUUUAAGUUUGGUUCCCAUGGCGAGGGGAACGGCCAGUUCAAUGCCCCCACCGGAGUUGCCGUGGAUACCAAUGGGAACGUCAUCGUGGCCGACUGGGGCAACAGCCGCAUACAGGUAUUUGACAGCGCUGGUUCCUUCCUGUCCUAUAUCAACACAUCAGCUGACCCUCUCUACGGCCCCCAGGGUCUGACCCUCACCUCUGAUGGACACGUGGCCGUAGCCGAUUCUGGAAACCACUGCUUCAAGAUCUACCGCUACCUACAAUGAUAGAGAGAUGGAAGGAAGGAUCGGGAGGGAGAGAGAGAGAGAGAGAGAGAGAGAGAGACAUGGAGCCAUGGCUGACUCUUCAAAGGUUUGAGGGAUGGAUGGUAGGAGGGGUGGAUAGAUGGAGGGACAGAGAGGUGGACCCACAGAACAACUGCAUCAAAGCCUACUGCUUCCUACAGUAGGAUGGAUGGAUGGAUAGAUGGACGGACGGACAGACAGACAGACCGAACCACGGUUCUUAUACUACUACCUACAGUAGAGGGAGCCAGUUGGGACUCUCCCCUGCAGCUUUACCUUGUUCCCCGUAUGGUACUUUCUGCUAAUUCCAUUCUGCCAAACUCUCCAGCCAGACAAGGGAGAACUGAACUCCCCUUUAGGAGGCUGGAGUAGAAUGGAAAAUACGACUUUACCAGCGACAACAGGAAAGUUAAUAUAUCCAUACUCUAUUAAACAGUGUUAAUAUGUCCAUACUUCACACCCUGGUUGUGUCUAUUCCAUUGGGGACCACUUUGUAAACUAGUGGAAUCGAUUUAGCUUGUUAUCCCUUUGGGUUGUAGUCAGCCAUCUUUUACCCAGAAAUCCAGAAAAGAGCGUUACAUCCGCCAUUUUGUGCGAUCUAUAUAACCUUAUAUAGAUGUACAUCAUGUAUAUUUGUUAUGUGUGUAGAGGUAUCUGAAUACUUUAGAUCAAUGCACUAUCUAGAUACGCUAUGUAGAAGAGCUCAACCACUUCACAAGAUACAGAAUGUGAGGUUGAACUGUAUGAAUUGUCUAUUAUUAUUAUUAUUAUUGUCUAAUACACAUUUCUAUUUGUGUUCCUUUUUCUAAAGAACUUAAACAAAAUGUUUGUUUAAAACAAGUUUUAUUUCUACAUGAUUUUAUCUUUUAACAACAAACAAACAAAACGUGUUUAAAUGUUUUAUAUUUUAUUUGCUGCUGUUUAGAUGUCCUCCUCUUCUUGGCCUCGGAUGUGUCCCAAAAAUUCCUCCUUCUUCCUGAAGUGUGCACUUGUUCGGGCUAAAGUGAGUUACCGUUUACCGUACCGGUCAUGUCCUUGUAAUGGACGUCCCCCGGGAAAUCAAAUCAAAUCAAUCAAAUGUAUUUAUAUAGCCCUUCGUACAUCAGCUGAUAUCUCAAAGUGCUGUACAGAAACCCAGCCUAAAACCCCAAACAGCAAGCAAUGCAGGUGUAGAAGCACAAAUUAGUCUGUUUAAACUGGAGAUAUCUGUAUUUUUUUGCAUGGGCUGCUUCUCAAUCCACCAACGUCGGCUGUCCACAUCUGUGGUGGAAGGUGGCAGAGCUACAGCAGUGUUUGUCAGACCAGGAGACGUCCCCAAAAAUCGAUCUUCUCGUGAAAAGGCCUGUAGUGUUCGCACGGAAAGACUCUCACAAAUGCAUUGGUGUUCUCCGUUUUGCUCUACUAGCUGUUUUGACUAGCUGUUUUGACUAGCUAUUUUGACUAGCUAUUUUGACUAGCUGUUUUGACUAGCUAUUUUGACUAGCUAUUUUGACUAGCUAUUUUGACUAGCUAUUUUGACUAGCUAUUUUGACUAGCUGUUUUGACUAGCUGUUUUGACUAGCUGUUUUGACUAGCUAUUUUGACUAGCUGUUUUGACUAGCUGUUUUGACUAGCUGUUUUGACUAGCUAUUUUGACUAGCUGUUUUGACUAGCUAUUUUGACUAGCUGUUUUGACUAGCUGUUUUGUAAUGGCUAUUUUGACUAGCUGUUUUGACUAGCUGUUUUGACUAGCUAUUUUGACUAGCUAUUUUGACUAGCUGUUUUGACUAGCUAUUUUGACUAGCUAUUUUGACUAGCUAUUUUGACUAGCUGUUUUGACUAGCUAUUUUGACUAGCUGUUUUGACUAGCUGUUUUGACUAGCUGUUUUGACUAGCUGUUUUGACUAGCUAUUUUGACUAGCUGUUUUGACUAGCUAUUUUGACUAGCUGUUUUGACUAGCUGUUUUGUAAUGGCUAUUUUGACUAGCUGUUUUGACUAGCUGUUUUGACUAGCUAUUUUGACUAGCUAUUUUGACUAGCUGUUUUGACUAGCUAUUUUGACUAGCUAUUUUGACUAGCUAUUUUGACUAGCUGUUUUGACUAGCUAUUUUGACUAGCUGUUUUGACUAGCUGUUUUGACUAGCUGUUUUGACUAGCUGUUUUGACUAGCUGUUUUGACUAGCUAUUUUGACUAGCUGUUUUGACUAGCUGUUUUGACUAGCUGUUUUGACUAGCUGUUUUGACUAGCUGUUUUGACUAGCUGUUUUGACUAGCUGUUUUGACUAGCUGUUUUGACUAGCUGUUUUGACUAGCUGUUUUGCCAUGUAUGAAUAUCUUUUCCAAUUCAUUUAUAUUGGCUAAUAGACAUUUGGGGAAAAUAUCUUCGACUCCUCCGUCCUCUCUCCUCCGUCCUCUGUGACCCGGAAACCGAUAAGUGGUUGAGGAAAGUGUCAAUUAGUUUGUAGGGGAAUGGAAGAGUGUCCUCCCCUCCCCGGGUGUCCUCCCCCCCUCCCCGGGUGUCCUCCCCCCCUCCCAGAGUGUCUCCCCUCCCCGGGUGUCCUCCCCUCCCCGGGUGUCCUCCCCCCCUCCCAGAGUGUCCUCCCCCCCUCCCAGAGUGUCCUCCCCUCCCCGGGUGUCCUCCCCCCCUCCCAGAGUGUCCUCCCCCCCUCCCCGGGUGUCCUCCCCUCCCCGGGUGUCCUCCCCCCCUCCCAGAGUGUCCUCCCCCCCUCCCAGAGUGUCCUCCCCUCCUCCCAGAGUGUCCUCCCCUCCCCGGGUGUCCUCCCCCCCCUCCCCGGGUGUCCUCCCCCCCUCCCCGGGUGUCCUCCCCCCCUCCCAGAGUGUCUCCCCCUCCCCGGGUGUCCUCCCCUCCCCGGGUGUCCUCCCCUCCCCAGGUGUCCUCCUUUCACCUAGGAUAGUCCUUUAUGGAAGAGUUGUAAUAUUAUAGAGUUGUAAUAUUAUAGAGUUGUAAUAUUAUAGAGUUGUAAUAUUAUAGAGUUGUAAUAUUAUAGAGUUGUAAUAUUAUAGAGUUGUAAUAUUAUAGAGUUAUAAUAUAUGCCACAACCCCCUUUGAAUCAGCUGUUUUGUCAGAGGAGAAGAAAAGCAAGCAGACAUUUAAAAAAAAAGACAUGCUACUCAAGGUUUUAUCUGGAAUAUGUCUGCCACAACUAGCAACAUUUAUUUCUACCACUUAACACGUAUAUUCUGGAUUCUGUUUGCCGUACGGCGCGCCAAUGGACAAGGAGAGUCUCGUUUCGGUUACAUUUUUAGUUGGAUAGUCCGGACGAUCUGUUGAUGAGAAACUGCUUGCUAAGGUCAAGGAUAGAGCUAGGGUUAGUAGAUAGUUACUUGAAAUGUUACUGGUCGUCUUUGUCGAGCCAAAUAAAGUGUUAAUCUCAUGUCAAAACAAGCACAUUCGCUCUCCUGGACGAGGAAGGAGGAGUUAACGAAACAAAUUGUGAAUCUCCCCCAAAAAAGGGAAAUGGACACUUCUGGAGAAAGGAGAGAUUAUUGGAACGCAGGCCUUGUGACACUGUAGCACUGAAACACUGCUCAUCAGCGCCCUCUAGUGGGGAAAACAUCCACUAUUAUACUGAAAUAUAUUUUUGUACAUUGUUGUUGUUGGACAUUACACAAAGACGAUUACUUUCAAAGGAAUAAUUUAUAUAUAUAUAUAUAUAUAUAUAACUCUGUGUAUAUUCAAAUAUUGCUGUCUAUAUCAUAUUCUAAAAGUGUAUAUUAAUUCCUUAUUGUUGUUGUGGCUGACAAAAGCACUUUCUCCACUUUCAUAUCAAGUCACAUACACACGUUUAGCAGAUGUUAUUGCGGGUGUAGCGAAAUGCUUGUGUUUCUAACUCCAACAGUGCAGUAACAUCUAACAAUUCACAACAAUACACACACAUCUACAGGUAACAUUAUGGAAUUAAGACAUAUAUACACAUUAGAUUGAUCAAUGUCAGAGUGGCAUUGAUUAAAAUACAGUAGAAUAGAAUACAGUAUUUACAUAUGAGAUGAGUAAAGCACUAUGUAAACAUGAUUUAAACCUUAUUAAAGUUACCAGUGAUUCCUUGUCUAUGUAUAUAGGGCAACAGCCUCUAAGGUGCAGGGUUAUGUAACCGGCUAGUGAUGGCUAUUUAACAGGCUAUUUAACAGUUGAGAUGGCCUUUCACUGUUCAGAAGGCUUUCUUUGUGGUAAAUGAGAAGCACAUUGCCAGUUAACAGACAAGUGCAUGCGGAAAGAGUUCCACCCACAUGCAGUUAUAUUCUAAUUCAAGGGUUGCUCUUCCUGGAGACCUAUACCCUCCCUGCAGGGUUUUGUUCCAGUCCUACUCAGAACACACCUGAUUCUAUUAAUCAGCUCCUCCGCAGGAUAUAUAUAUAUUUUACCUUUAUUUAACUAGGCAAGUCAGUUAAGAACAAAUUCUUAUUUUCAAUGACGGCCUAGGAACAGUGGGGUUAACUGCCUUGUUCAGGGGCAGAACGACAGAUUUGCACCUUGUCAGCUCGGGGGUUUGAACUUACAAUCUUCCGGUUACUAGUCCAACGCUCUAACCACAAGGCUACCCUGCCGCCCCGUAUAGGUAUAGGGCUGGAGCAAAAGCCUGCACGCCCAGUAGCUCUCCAAUAUGACGACCCUGUUCUAAUUUCCCCUGUUUGUGUGAAUAAAUCAUAUGCUCUGUGCUCUGUGCUGCAUCUCAAUCCACCCCAUCUGCCGCUCCCGAGGCACUGCAACUCAGUGCUAGAGGUGUCACUAUAGAUCCUGGAUCUGAUUCCAGGCUGUAUCACAGCGGUCUAAGGCACUGCAACUCAGUGCUAGAGGUGUCACUACAGAUCCUGGUUCUGAUUCCAGGCUGUAUCACAGCGGUCUAAGGCACUGCAACUCAGUGCUAGAGGUGUCACUACAGAUCCUGGAUCUGAUUCCAGGCGGUAUCACAGCGGUCUUAAGGCACUGCAACUCAGUGCUAGAGGUGUCACUACAGAUCCUGGUUCUGAUUCCAGGCUGUAUCACAGCGGUCUAAGGCACUGCAACUCAGUGCUAGAGGUAUCACUACAGAUCCUGGAUCUGAUUCCAGGCGGUAUCACAGCGGUCUUAAGGCACUGCAACUCAGUGCUAGAGGUGUCACUACAGAUCCUGGUUCUGAUUCCAGGCUGUAUCACAGCGGUCUAAGGCAAUGCAACUCAGUGCUAGAGGUGUCACUACAGAUCCUGGAUCUGAUUCCAGGCGGUAUCACAGCGGUCUAAGGCACUGCAACUCAGUGCUAGAGGUGUCACUACAGAUCCUGGAUCUGAUUCCAGGCUGUAUCACAGCGGUCUAAGGCACUGCAACUCAGUGCUAGAGGUGUCACUACAGAUCCUGGAUCUGAUUCCAGGCGGUAUCACAGCGGUCUUAAGGCACUGCAACUCAGUGCUAGAGGUGUCACUACAGAUCCUGGAUCUGAUUCCAGGCUGUAUCACAGCGGUCUAAGGCACUGCAACUCAGUGCUAGAGGUGUCACUACAGAUCCUGGAUCUGAUUCCAGGCUGUAUCACAGCGGUCUAAGGCACUGCAACUCAGUGCUAGAGGUGUCACUACAGAUCCUGGAUCUGAUUCCAGGCUGUAUCACAGCGGUCUAAGGCACUGCAACUCAGUGCUAGAGGUGUCACUACAGAUCCUGGAUCUGAUUCCAGGCUGUAUCACAGCGGUCUAAGGCACUGCAACUCAGUGCUAGAGGUGUCACUACAGAUCCUGGAUCUGAUUCCAGGCUGUAUCACAGCGGUCUAAGGCACUGCAACUCAGUGCUAGAGGUGUCACUACAGAUCCUGGAUCUGAUUCCAGGCUGUAUCACAGCGGUCUAAGGCACUGCAACUCAGUGCUAGAGGUGUCACUACAGAUCCUGGAUCUGAUUCCAGGCGGUAUCACAGCGGUCUUAAGGCACUGCAACUCAGUGCUAGAGGUGUCACUACAGAUCCUGGAUCUGAUUCCAGGCGGUAUCACAGCGGUCUUAAGGCACUGCAACUCAGUGCUAGAGGUGUCACUACAGAUCCUGGUUAUGAUUCCAGGCGGUAUCACAGCGGUCUUAAGGCACUGCAACUCAGUGCUAGAGGUGUCACUACAGAUCCUGGAUCUGAUUCCAGGCUGUAUCACAGCGGUCUUAAGGCACUGCAACUCAGUGCUAGAGGUGUCACUACAGAUCCUGGAUCUGAUUCCAGGCGGUAUCACAGCGGUCUUAAGGCACUGCAACUCAGUGCUAGAGGUGUCACUACAGAUCCUGGAUCUGAUUCCAGGCGGUAUCACAGCGGUCUUAAGGCACUGCAACUCAGUGCUAGAGGUGUCACUACAGAUCCUGGAUCUGAUUCCAGGCGGUAUCACAGCGGUCUUAAGGCACUGCAACUCAGUGCUAGAGGUGUCACUACAGAUCCUGGAUCUGAUUCCAGGCGGUAUCACAGCGGUCUUAAGGCACUGCAACUCAGUGCUAGAGGUGUCACUACAGAUCCUGGUUAUGAUUCCAGGCGGUAUCACAGCGGUCUUAAGGCACUGCAACUCAGUGCUAGAGGUGUCACUACAGAUCCUGGAUCUGAUUCCAGGCGGUAUCACAGCGGUCUUAAGGCACUGCAACUCAGUGCUAGAGGUGUCACUACAGAUCCUGGAUCUGAUUCCAGGCGGUAUCACAGCGGUCUUAAGGCACUGCAACUCAGUGCUAGAGGUGUCACUACAGAUCCUGGAUCUGAUUCCAGGCGGUAUCACAGCGGUCUUAAGGCACUGCAACUCAGUGCUAGAGGUGUCACUACAGAUCCUGGUUAUGAUUCCAGGCGGUAUCACAGCGGUCUUAAGGCACUGCAACUCAGUGCUAGAGGUGUCACUACAGAUCCUGGAUCUGAUUCCAGGCGGUAUCACAGCGGUCUUAAGGCACUGCAACUCAGUGCUAGAGGUGUCACUACAGAUCCUGGUGUAUCACAGCCGGCCGUGAUUGGGAGUCCCCAUUGGGCGCCGCGUCGUCCGGGUUAGUGUUUGGCCCGGGGGUAGGGCCGUCAUCGUAAAUAAGAAUUUGUUCUUUACUGACGUAGUUAAAAGUUAAAUAAAGAAUAUGCAAAAGGAUUGAAAGGGAAUAAAUACUCCUAUAUAGUAUAAUACACUUAACUCAUGUUACUGAUUUAGGACUAUUCAGAAAAUAUUGGAUUUGCUUGAGUAAUCUCCAACCUUGAGUGAUAUUCUUACUGACCCCAACUAAUGCAUGACCUAGACUAAAACAAGCUCGGACGAAACUAAGCCAACACUGAAAUAAAAUAAAAUAAAUUAAAAUCAACAGAAAUAUGACAUUACUUUUACAAAGACGCUGUAUAAUAUACAGUAUACAUUUAAAAUAAUUUGUUUUUGUAUUUUGUUCAGAUCGUAUGAUUACAAAAGUAUGUAUUAAAUAUUAAAUAAAAAUAAUUAAAUUAAAUAUUAAAGACACAACACCGUCAUGGUUUUCUGGGUGCUUUGUUUGUGUGGUUUAAGAUAUACACUGCCUUUCAAAAGUUUGGGGUCACUUAGAAAUGUCGUUGUUUUUGAAAGAAAAGCUAUUUUUCUUGUCCAUUAAAAUAUCAUGAAAUUGAUCAGCAA